GCGACGCGGAGCCCAACGAUACCUACGUGGAGCAGCUCACCGCCGCCGGCCGCGCGGCGGUGGACGAGCUCGUGCGGCGCGGCGUGGCGGACCCUGCGCGCGUCAGCGUGGGGGGCCACUCCUACGGCGCCUUCAUGACGGCCAACUUGCUGGCCCACCUGCCGGACGUGUUCGCGGCAGGCAUCGCGCGCAG